AUGCCUCCGUCUCCCCUCACGUCGCAUUCUUCCUCCCUUCGCCCCGCACUCAAGACACGGCGGCCUCCUGCUCCAACGCGCCACGGCUCACUGCUUCUUCCGGCGCCCUCCACUUGCUCACUGUACUGGGCAGCCGGCGAUACCUGUCCCUCAACUGUGCGACACACGAUAUCUUCCAGCCUUCCCGAGCCACUCAGACUUCGUCAUGGGCCGCCGCCCGCGCCCGCACGGCGCACGGCGGCCGCCGGCGCCCCGCACUGCGAACUGGCGGCGCCGGGCCCCGCAGGCGCACGGCUCCGCCGGAGCCCCGCACGCGCACGGCGGCCGCCGGCGCCCCGCCAGGAGCACGCGCCGCCGGAGCCCCGCACGGCGCACGGGUGCCGAAGGCCGGGGGGCCCCGCAGGCGGCACGGGCGGCUCGCCGGUCGCCCGCUACGGGCGAAGCGGCCGCCGGAGCCCAGCACGGCGCACGUCGGCCGCCUUCGCCCCUCACGUCUCAGUGCCGCCGCCGGCGCCCCGCACGGCGCACGGCCGCCGCGGUAGCCCGCACGGCGCACGGCUGCCGCCCGGCGCCCCGCACGGAGAAGGGCGCCGCCCGGCCGGAGCCCGACAAGGCCCUCGCACGGCUGCCGCCGGGAGCCCCGCACGGGCGCACGUGCGGCCGCCGGCGCCCCGCACGUCGCAGCCGGCCGCCGGCGCCCGCACGCGGCAGGCCGCGCCGGGCUGCCGCGCACGGCGAGUGCUGCCGACCGGCGCCGCAAGGCGCACGCGUCCGCCGCGCCCGCACUGGCGCAGCCCGCCGUCCCGCCACCGCACGGCGCACACGGGGCACGCCGGCUGCCCCGCACGGCGCACGCCGCCGGCCGCCCCCCGCAAGGCGCACGGCUGCCCGCCCGGCGAUCCGCACGGCUCACGGCGGAGCCGCCGUCGCCCCGCACCGGCGCCUUGCGGCCCGGCGCCCCCGCACGGGCGCACGGCUGCCGCGGCGCCCCCCUCACGGCGCACGGCGGCCGCCGUGAGCCCCCACUGGCGCCACGGCGUCCGAGGGCGCCCCGCACCGGCCGCACGGAUGGCCCGGCGACCCGUCACGGGCGCAGGGCCGGCCGCGUGCGCCCCGCACGCUCACGGCGGCCGCCUGCGCCCCGACGGGCACUGCGCGCCGGCGCCCGCACACGCCCACAGGGCCGCCGCCGGGCGCCCGCACGUCGCACGGCGUCGACGGCGCCGCACGGCGACGGCGGCACCGCGGCCCGCACGGCCACAGCGUCGCCGGCGCCCGGCACGCGAACUGCGGCCGCCGGCGCCCCCGGACACGUCGCACGGCGUCCGCGGCGCCCGCACGGCCAGGCGGCCGCCGCGCCCCCACGUCGCAAGGCGGACCGCCGGCUCCCAGCAAUGGCGCACUGCGGCCGCCGAGCCCCGAAACGGCGCACGGCGGCCGCCGGCGCCCCCGCCAACGGCGCACGGCGGCCGCCGGGCGCCCGCACGUCGCACGGCGGCCGCCGCGCCCCGCACGGCGUCACGGCGGCCAGCCGGCGCCCGCCACGGCGCACGGCGGCCGCACGCCCCGCACGGCGCACGUGCCGGCCGCCGGCCGCCCCGCACGGCGCACGGACGGCCGCCGGCGCCCCGCACGCGCCACGGCGGCCGCCGGCGCCCCGGCACCAGGCUCCGAGGCGGCCGCCGGCGCCCACACGGCGGACUGCGGCCGCCGGGCGCCCCCACGGCGUCACGGCGGCCGCCCGGCGCCCCGCACGGGGGGCUCAGGGCGCCGGACCAGGCGGUACCAUCCCGUCCAACUGAGCACGGCGGCAACUGUCGCCCCUCAUCGUCUCACCUGUCGGCUCAGUGCCCCCGUCACGUACGAACGUCGGCCUCCGGCGCCCCUGCACGGCGCAAUGCGGCCGCUGCCGCCCUCACGUGGCACGGCGUCAGCCUUCGCCCCGACUGCUCACCUUCUUCCUCUGGCCCUCGCACGUCCACUUCGUACCGUUGCUACCCCGCAUUCUUUCCCCUGCACAAACGACAAAGCGAAUCCGACCCAGACUCCCGGGAGAUAAUUCCCGUUACACAGAUGUUGCAAACAGGACUCGGAUCCUGUUCGAAGGGAGAAGAAUCUCUAAAUGUCGUACAUUUUUUCGAGUCGUAUUUGGCCGGUCGUGCACAGCAGGGAAAGGCAUUGCGGCCUGACGUGCCUGGCAUCAAAGACGGCGAGGCCCUGAGUUCCACACCUAAGGAGUCCCAAGUACCAGAACUGACAGAGGUUUAUGAACGACAAUCAGUGUGA